UCGACACCUCUGACCUAACAUAAAGGCAGACUCACAGCUACUCACCCUCACACACACCUCUUUCCUUGAGUGUCAGUUGUAAGGACGAAACUCCUUGGUGAGGUUCUCUCUUUGCAAAGCCAAGCCAUGAGCAGCAAAAAUUGCUGCGUCUUCCGUGAUGACUUUAUUCCUCGGGUGUUGCCCCCAGUGCUGGGGCUGGAGUUUGUGUUUGGAACCAUUGGCAAUGGUCUGGCCCUGUGGGCUUUCUGCUUUUCCCUGAAGUCCUGGAAAUCUAGCCGGAUCUUCCUUUUCAACCUGGCUGUGGCUGACUUACUUCUGAUCUUCUGUCUUCCCUUCCUGACGGAUAACUACGUCAGAAAAUGGGACUGGAAGUUUGGUGACAUCCCUUGCCGGCUGAUGCUUUUCAUGUUGGCCAUGAACCGGCAAGGCAGCAUUAUCUUCCUCACGGUCGUGGCUGUGGACCGAUACUUUCGGGUGGUUCACCCCCAUCAUGUUCUGAACAAGCUAUCCAAUAGGACAGCAGCCAUCAUCAGCUUCCUUCUGUGGGGUGUCACCAUCGCCCUUACUGGCCACCUCCUCGUCACCUCCCAUGUGAAAAAGAUGGGAGACUCACGGUUCUGCAGCAGCUUUGCCAUCUGCCCAACCUUUGGCUGGCACGAUGCCAUGUUUCUCCUGGAGUUCUUCCUGCCCCUUGGCAUCAUCAUAUUCUGCUCUAGCAGCAUCGUCUGGAGCCUUCGUAGGAGGCAGUUGGACAAGCAGGCUAAGAUCAAGCGGGCCAUCAGAUUUGUCAUGGUGGUCGCCAUCGUCUUUGUGAUCUGCUUUUUGCCCAGUGUGGCUGUGAGAAUACGAAUCUUCUGGCUCCUCUACUCCCAGGGCACCAGUGACUGUAAGAUCUACCGUUCAGCAGACCUGGCCUUUUAUAUCACCCUCAGCUUCACCUACAUGAAUAGCAUGCUGGACCCCCUGGUAUACUACUUCUCCAGCCCCUCCUUCCCCAACUUCUUCUCCAAGCUGAUCACUUGCCGUCUUUGGCAAAAGCCAACGGGAGACUCUGAUAACAACCGGAGCACCAGUGGGGAUCUCACAAGGGACUUGUGCUUGACCAAUUCCAGUUCUGGAAAUGCCAUCACCAGAAAGAGUCUGCCAGAUGCACUAAUGACCAACUCCAGUGUCGCAUGGAACCCUACAAAUACAGCCCCAGCAUCUCCUUCAACAAUCCAGGCAGUGGCAGAGAAGGGAGAAUGAGACUGCUAGAAUUAAGAUUUCUAGAAAUGGGUCCAGAAAUGGGUCUCUAUGGAUCAAUCGAUACCAGUGGACUGGUCCACAUAUAGCUACUGUCUUCAGAGCUGAUGGCUCUGAUGGAACGAGAGAAACAGCACAGUGACUUGCAAUUCUGAUCUGCUGUCACAAAUCCUUUAGGAAAGAGGAUGGAAGCAAAGCUCAUCUUCUGGAACACUUGGCUUAAUUUAUGCAUCUCAGAGCAUCUUCUAGAUCACAAACCUAACAACAGUGGAAUUGAGGCCAGAAGAGACCAUAGAUUUGGGCCAGGCACUCUCCCAGCCAUAGAGCUUCUGGUCAGAAUCUUCAUCUAGUUCCCCUUCUCCCUCCACAUGUGGGAGUCGAGGUGGUGGGGGAGGGUGGCUCCUCCACUCCAGGAGCAAUGUGCAGCAGGACCGUGUGUGGAACCAAGUGACAGGAGGGGAGCCUGGUCCUUCCAGAGGCUGGCCACGCCAGCAAAAACCUGAGUUUAGGGGGAGCCAGUCCAUCUGGGAUCAAAGACACUCCCCAUGUCCCUGUUCUCCAGAGGUGAAAGGAAGAGAAUAAACAUAAGGAAAUGCAGAUCCCAUUAGAAGGUGGGAAACUGAACAGUGAUACUAAGUGGUUUUAAAUGACUGUCAGUACAGCUAAUGGGCUACUAAUCCGUCCCUAGCAUGUUUACACUUGAGGGGUUGAGUAGCUGGAAAAAACAAACAAACCACCCUCUCCGGUCUCAGAAGAAAGCUGCCUCUUCAUUGUUUGAUUUUGUCUUUUAAAGAGAAAAUGCUGCUACCUAUGGGUCAAAGGUUUGUGCGUGUUCUUAACCACCUCUGUUGUCCAGUUGUUGCCAUGAUUUCAUUUCUUUAAUAAAAUUUAAUAGAAAAAAUCCCAGCUGGUGUUGCAUGUGUCUGGGUGAUGGGUCGCGGAAAUGCUCGUCUGUUCUUUGAGCUGUUAUUUUGAGUUAUUGAGUGUGUACGAUGAGAAAACAAAAACAGAACAGGGACAAGCAUUAGAGUUUUCACUGAGGGGAAAAGGGGCUUCCAGUAUCAUAGUUUCAGUUCCGAGUCUUGACAUGGCAAGAAAAAGUCCUGGUUUGUGGGGAAUUAGUCACCUGGGUUGGCGGCUAAGCUCUUUUCUGGCUCCCAGGCAUUCCUGGAUUCCUUGGCGAGUAGAAGCUUGCCCCUGACCUCCUUAGUUCCUGAUAGCAAACUUACAGAU